AUGCUGCAACGUAUAGAGCAUGUCCAUUCAAAUCAUAACUCUGGGAGUGAUUAUGACAAUAAAAGAUCAAAGUUUAACAGUUUCCUGGAGGACCACACAGACUUAUAUGUAUCUUUGACAAUCAUGCUGAAGUCAGACAUAUUCAGUGAUUCUAGUCAGAUCAGUAAAGUCACACCAACAGCUAAAGAGGAAAGCAGUAGUACAGGUGGGGUGUCAGACAAGGGCUACAACUCUAUGUCCCGAGAAGAACUGAAGUCGCUCAGUCAUCCUGUGUCCAACGGUGAAUCCGAGCAGGAUCACGACAAAGCUCGUAAAGAUAAGAGCAGCUUACGAUUUACUCUGCCUAAUACACCCAAAGUCAAAGAGAAAAAAGAAAAUAACGGUGGAAAUCAGGACAUCACGUUUUCUGAGGUGGAGACAGACUUCAGAAACAGAGUGGGUAGUAUAGUGAGGAAAUCCCUGGGUAGUGUCAGUAGUUCUGGAAGUCACGAAACCCUCAAAGGAAGUAUGAUGACAAGUUCACAAGGGACUCUUGAUUUGAUUACCCAUUGUAUUUACAUCAUUUCCACAAGUAAACUUUUCACAUUUUCAAUGCUCCUGACAGCAAAAUCCACUGGUGCUAAUUUUAACCAAACUUGGACAAAGAUCAAAUAG